AUGUCAAUUCAUUCCAUAGAUAAAAUUAAUAAAGUCAUUUUAAGUAAAAACAUUGAUGAAUAUAUUGAUAUAGUUGGUGGUGAAGUUAAUGAGAAUUUAGAAGAAUUAAAAAAAAUUGAUAAAGAAAUUGGAGAAAAAGAAAUUGAAUAUCAAAUUGAAUGUUUAAAACUUGAACAAGAAAGUGAAAAAGACAUUCAAGAAAUACUUAAAAUUCGAAGAGCAAUUAUUAAUGGAACAAAACAUCGAACAAAUGAUGGGAUACAACAAUGUGGAAUUUCUAAUUUUUGGAUUGAAGUAUUUAAUGAAGUUGGAUUAAUGGGAAAUUUAGAAGUGACUAAAGAAGAAAUUGAUAUACUUCAAUCAUUAAUUGACAUUGAAAAACAUAUUAAAGAAAUCAAACGAAAUGAAGGAAAAGAAGAAGUUUAUGUUAAUAUUCACUAUAAAUUUCUAUUUAAAGAAAAUGAAUUUCUUUCUAAUUCAAUAUUUGAAUUUGAAUUAGAACAUUGUAUUAAUCGGUAUGGUAUUAUUAUUGAAGAAACUAGAAAUUAUAUACCAUUAAGUCAUUUUAACUGGAAAAAACAAAUUAAAGAGAAAAGAAUGUUUGAUCUUCUUGAAAAUGGUGGAAAAAAUCUUCAUUGUUAUUUACAUGAAGCAUUAAAUAAUAUUGAUUUUGGUGCAAUUGAUAUGUUUUUUGGAAUUAAUACACAAAAUCUUUUUCUUGACUCAUUUAGUAUAAGUGAUGAUGAAAAUGAUUGUAGUGAUGAUGAUGGAUGUGUUGAUUAUGCAACUCAUUAA